UCUCACAGUGCGUGGACCGACUGCACUCGCCUCGUGCCCGUGCUCUGCACACCAAACUACAACUGUUGAUAUCCGUGACUCAGAGAGACGUAGAUCUGCGUCUGGGCAGCCUGCAGGCACAAUCCCUCAGAUUAGCGCCUGACCCGCAGGAUUUGCUGUAAAGGCACCUGAUUCACCGGCGGCGGCGAGCCGAAAGAAUAAUCUACAUUUUACAUUCAUGUUCAACUGGAGACAUUACCACGUUGAUGUUAAUGGUUGUAUGUAGUAUUUUACGCACCAUGGACUUUAUGUUGGGACACUUUGGAGGAGCCGUCUCUAAAUAACAAAGGGGAUGCCAGCUAUGGCAGGUUUUACGCACAGCGAGAAGAUGCCAGUAGGAGUGUUUGACAAACUUUUUCUACGGUGGAUAUAACGUUUCCUUUUAACCACCUGAGGUCUGAUCAUGUUUGAAAUUCCUGCUGCCGAUGGAAACGUUUAAUCCCUGCCUGAUUACGGCUAACAGAUGGAUUGCUUCCUGUCGACCAACCGGUUGUCAUCAGGGCCUAGUCCUAUUAAUUUAACCAGCAUGCUUGCGCUUUGAUUAUAGAUUUGAAGCCAUUUGGGCAGCUCAACAUCUUUUAAUAAGACCCCAUCCUCUUCUCUGGUGCCAACAUGAGGAGAGCAGUACUCAAAGAAGCAGCCAAACGCUUCCCCUGGCUGGCCAAUGUCACUCUGUACGGGUGCUUAUUUGCCGGUGGUGACCUUGUGCAUCAGCUCAUGGCACAGAAGGAGCGCAUGGACUGGAAACAUACCCGCAACGUGGCCAUCGUGGCAAUCAGUUUCCAUGGAAACUUCAAUUACUUCUGGCUAAGGGCUCUGGAGAGGCGUUUCCCCGGGAAGUCCGCCGGCAUGGUUUUCAGAAAACUUCUGCUGGACCAGAGCUUUGCGUCGCCUUUGGCCACCAGUGUCUUCUAUACAGGCAUGUAAAUCCAAACCUCAUGCUACUACACAGGCCAGGAAUAUAUGGAGAGUUAUAAUUAAACAGGUAGUAGUGCUUUUGAAAGAAUCGUGAGCAAUUAAAGUCUUAAAAUCUUAAGAUGAAAAUGUCUCAUUGAUUAGAAAUCUAUGAAAAGUUCUAUUUUUUUCUCUUUCUGUCAAUAAUGAGGGGCAGUGCAUACAAGUAUAAGGUGAAGACGUGCCAUAUAAAGGUGAUCUGUCAAUCAAACACCACGUGUGCCAAAGUGAACAGUCACUGAAUGGUGCGUUACAAGGUGCGUAAACUGUGCGUAAAUGUUUCCUCUGUCCUGCAGGAGUGAGCUUCCUGGAGGGUAAGGAGGACAUUUUUGAAGACUGGAGAGAAAAGUUCUUCAACACCUGGAAGGUAAGCAGAGAAGAGGUAAAGGGAGGCUUCGGUGCGAAGCGAAGGAAAGUCACCUUCUCUUCCCUUCACAUGGUGCCACGCACCCACAAACAGAUUAACCUAGUUUGGGCCACUGCUGCUUUUUGCGCAUUGCAGGGCACGCAGCCCGGGGGCAAAUGAGGUAAUUCAAUCGAGUCAGUUUCAGGACGUCCAGGAGCGGAAAGUCUGUCAGAUGUAAAUCUCUGUGACACGCAAACAUUUGUAAACAGAGAUUUCUUUUUAAAGUCAGGACUUGUACAGUACUGCAAAACUCAGCCCCUCAUACACAUACACAAGAAUACAUUUUCAUUAACAUCUUUAUGUCUCAAUAUAUAAGUCUUGAAGUUUUUAUUCUGCACCCCUUGGCAAUAAGUUAUAUAUGCACAAGAUUUAUCUGUAAAGUAACUUACUUUUGACACUUUUUGCAGAAUAUUUUGCAGAAGUUUUGAAAGAAAGAGUUUGUCACGCUGUUGAGUCACAUUAAACAGUGGUAAAUUCAUAAAUCUGAAUCAUCAUGCCGGAUCAAAGAUUGAUGAGAUAGUAUAAGGGACACUUAGAAGACAAAAUAGUGAGUUUCCAGAUUAGAAUUUCAGUGCCAAAUAUAUUUCUACUCCAUCUCAGAAAAUAAUCUUUCCUAUAGUAACCAGUUAAAGGCUUAAGAGCUGAGAUUUGCAUUGAUACAAAUGUUCUUGUCCCUCCUGUGUCUCAUCAUAUCAUUUUUUAAAUUUCAGACUGGACUCAUGUACUGGCCAUUUAUGCAGGUAAAUGUCAUGUUUACAUUUAUGCAAUAACAUUUUCACACAAACUGUUUAUCAUUUUUUUAAGGUCUGGCUCAUUUUUCAGAAUUCUGAGUUCUGAAUUUUGGUGUAGAGAUUUCAAUUGAAAGAUUCAAGUUUAAUGUUUCAACAUUAAUCAAACUGUUGUAUUCUCAGACUUAGAAAUUUCGUACAAGGACUUAACACCUAAAAUCUGACCAUCUGACCACCCCAAAAGUAUUGAUCAGCAUCAGCACAAUCCCUCAGUGAGGACAAGAAAGUAAUGCUGUUGACUAGUUGAUAAAAUCUGAUCAAAAUCUAAUGAUAUUUCAUAUUCUGUUUCCUACCACUUUUCAGUUCCUGAACUUUGUCCUUAUGCCGUUGUACAUGCGGACAGCCUUCAUGGGCUGCUGCGCCUUCCUUUGGGCCACCUUCCUUUGCUUCUCUCGUCAGGACGGUGAUGGUACCGCUGGCGUGGCGCUGGCUUUCAUCAUGGACCCUCGUAAAACCCUGGAGGAGAUGCGUGAGGCCCGGCUGGCUCGAAAAAAGCUAAAGGCCCAAAAGAGAAACUAACAGAGAAGGAGAGGGAGGACCCUGCAUCAGAUUGUGAGCAUCUGUGUAGAAACACCUGGGAAUCUACUUUAGUUCAGCACAAACCCAUAAACUACAACUACAACUCAUCUGGAAGAGCUUAAAGGAGGAAUAUCCUACUGACAGGAAAGAGUAUCUGUUAUGAACGCACAAAAUAGUCUACUCUUAAGGUUCCAAUGGGCUUCUGUCACAACUCUUGUACAACUCAAACGUAUUUAAAAGUUACUUGUAUUUAUAACAACAGAAUCCAUAACCACAAGCAGGUUUGACUCUUCUUUAAGGCUCAGGUGUAGGAUUAAAGAAGCCCAGCUGUUAUACUCUUACAGCAUCUGGCACUGUAACGUAAGUCAGGGUGGUUGAGUGAGCUCAUCUCCUUGGCUGUAUAUAGAAAUGGAUGAUACACCUCUAUCUGUUCCUCUUGUGAAACAAUGAAGCCAAAAUAUCCCCACUAUGGGUGCUGACAUGCAGCACUGGUGAUGUAUUUUAGAGCCAAGACAUCUAAGCAAUCUGGAAAGUGGAACUGACGGACCGGCAUCCCUUCUGCAGCCAAAACAUUGUCCAGAGCAAAGCAGAUUCA